UUGGCUUCGACACUGAUGGUUUAACACACGACGCGGCCUCUUGCAUGUUGGUUUCUUGUCUUCCUCCCCCCGCGGAUGUGAUCGUGAGGGAGACGCAACAAAAGUGCUUUUCAUAUCCCAUCGUACACACCUCAGCGUAUUGCCCCUUUCGGACGUUCAAUGUUCAUAUACCCCUCCUCCUCCUCCUCCUACUGCCGGCCAGAGACGACAUAACGUAACCGACCCAGCCAGCAAUCUUCCUCGUCCGUGCCGGUUCCACGGUCCGCAUUGGACCAUCGAAGCACAUAUCGCCGACAGGAUUCGGCGAGACAGCGGCCCAGGCGGCGAUAUCAAUUCGAAAUGGUGUACUGCGGGAAGCCCUCGAUGGGCUGUAGGACGUGCAGGGCCAGGAGAAUAAAGUGCGACGAGACCAGGCCUGUGUGCAACCAAUGCAUCAAAUCACGCCGUCACUGCUCAGGGUACCGAUCCGACUUCGACAUACUCCACCGGGACGAGACGCAAGCAACAGCUGCCCGGGCGAAGAAGGCUGCGGCCAAGAAGGCGGCCAAGAGGGCUGCCGAGGAAGGGGGCUUCGUUAUCACAUUCGACACGGCCCAGGAUAUGAAUAGUGGCAACAAGGCUGGCAGCAGCAGCAGGAAGAACUCGGCCGCGCACCUCGGCGCCGAUCACGGCAGCUCUUCAUCACAGUCCUCCUCGCCAACGACCUCCUCACCCACAUCCGCCGUGCCAGGCCCUUCAUCGAGACCCAAUGCCUAUGCCUCGCCCCUCGAGGUGGUGUCUUUCCCAGCAGCCGCCCCAGCUAUCCCACUCGACCAGCGCGCCAGCCACUUCUUCGCGUGGAACUUCAUCAUGGUGCCCGGCCAGCGAGGCAGGAAUUCGGGCCACCUCGACUACCUGCUGCCGCUGCUCAACUCGCAGAACCGGCCCGACAGCGCCUUCCAGCUCGCCUACAGCGCGGUCGCCCUGGCGGCCAUGGGCAACCGCCUCAAGGGCGACUCGACGGACCUGGUGGAGCUGUCGUACAUGCAGCACUCGCGGGCCCUGGCCGCCAUCGCCAGGGCGCUCCAGGACCCGGUCGAGAGCAAGCACGACGGCACGCUGGCGACGGUGCUGCUGCUGUCGCUGUUCGAGAAGAUCACGGCGGCCAAGGAGGUCGGCCUGCUCGCGUGGCGCACGCACAUCGAGGGCGCCAUGCACCUGGUGCGGUCGCGGGGCCGCGAGAUGGUCCAGAGCAAGGACUCGGUGCUGCUGUUCAACGCCGUGCGCCUGCAGAUCAUCGCCCGCACGCUGUCGUCGGGCACCUCGUCCGUCAUGGGCGUCAACUGGUGGCUCCCCGAGUCCGUGGCCGCCGACUCCAUCGGCGCCCGGUACCAGCGCUUCGCCCUCGAGGUCACCGACCUGCGCGCCGAGGUCACCCGCCUCAUGGCCACGCUCGCCCGCAACGACCAGGGCCUGGAGCUGAUGCUCGAGAUGCUCCGCAAGGUCCAGGACCUCGACCUCCAGAUGGCCAACUUCCUCCAGGGCCUGCCCGCCGAGUACCAGUUCACCCCGCUGCACUGGGAGGACGGCGUGCUCGAGGACAACGCCCAGAUCCGCCAGGCGCCCAUGUUCCCGGGCCGUGUCGACGCCUACUCGGACCUGAUCGUCGCCAGCAUAUGGAACGCCACCCGCGCGACGCGCAUCAUCCUCAUGUCGCUGCUGAUCCGCGUCGCCGCGUGGAUCUGCAGCCCGGCCGACUUCCGCUCCACGCCCGAGUACGCCACGGCCGUGAGGACCUGCAAGGCCAACAUCUCCGAGAUCAUCUCGGCGGUGCCGUACAUGCUCAGCAUGCACCAGAGGAACGUCCAGCAGCCCAGCGCCCCGGCGCCCGGCGGCUUCGCGUGCGGCACGGACGAGCAGAGCAAGAUGCUGGGCGGGCUCAUGGUCGCGUGGCCGCUGAGCACCGUCAGGACCUGUGACUACACCAUGGACUCGCAGAGGGAGUGGGCCAUCGGCCGCCUGAACUUCAUCGCGAGCGAGCUGGGCAUCAAGUAUGCCAGCAGUCUGGCUGCCGCAAAAAUCCGCUUCCCGUCGAUGCUCAUCCGUCGGGACGGGCUCAUGCCGAGCAAGGACCCCCUGGGGGAAAUCAAGCAGACUCUCUCUACCAAGAUUGCUGUAAGAUGAGAACAGAAGUCUGACUUCUCACCUGAGGUCAGCUCUGUGAAAGGCAAGCCGCCAGAUGCCUAUCAUUUCAAAUCAGGCCACCUCCGUCAGUGUAGGUUUGGCCACCUGCUUCCAAAAAAUGGCCAUCAGAUGCCCACAUUGUUACGCCUUGCUUGCCCGCCUCCGCCUCUUAGGCACGGGACUCCUGGGCCUAUCUCUUUUCUCAUCUCAACUGAACGGCAUUUCAUCAGAGUACGCGGGAGUCAGGUUGGCGUUGGGGCAAGGUGUUCGGCCACGACGCGCAAGAUACCCGGGUUAUCAGACUACGGUGGAGUCAAGGCGCUUUUCUUGCAGUGGUCACACGCGAUGAAUCGUAGGCCAUUUUGGAUUGGUUUCAUCUAUCUACUAGGUAUCAAUCAGUAUCUCGAUAUAGUGAGGGGGCUGGCAUUGGUAGGUAGUGAGUGCUACGUCUUGAGCAACACGCUGCUCUCGGAGGUCCUCGUGCUACCAGGAGGGCCGGCACAUGAGCUGGUUUCGACUGCGGCCAUAGAGCCACGACAACUUCAUGCUUGAUUUUGCCAGUGAAAACUGUACCAUCACUGCGAGACACGUUUUUCCUUACCUAAGCAGGACAGCAAUUCCAUAGUGGGCAUAUAUAUAAUUGAAAUACUACUACAUUACAUCAA